UCCAACUACACCACCAACAACGACAACGACAUUACAAACAACAACUACAACGACACCGCCAACAACUACAACUACACCACCAACAACGACAACGGCAAUGCCAACGACAACUACACCACACAUAACGAAAACGACAGUACAAACAACAACUACAACACCGCAAACAACAACAACACCAUUACAAACAACAACUAUACUAUCGACAAUGACCAUACCAACGACAACGCCAAUAACGACGAUGACUGUACCGAUGACGACAACAGAAACUACAGCCAAUGCACAAACAACGACGACGACGACAUCAUCAACAAAGACUACAACCUUAGCAGCAGGAGCAGCAACAACAACAACAACGCCUCAGUUCUCAGCAUUCCAGGUUCCAGUAGAAAACUGUAUAAUGUUCACAAUGAGAAGUGUUAACGAGACAUUUCAGUUGCCCCUAGCAACCUCUGUCGUCACUUCCUCCUCGGAAUGUGCGUUACAUUGCCACAGGAACAGUAACUGCCGGAGCGUCAGUAUAAAGGGCACUUCACCAAGCAUCACAUGUGUCCUAGGUACGAAUACUGGUGUGACGGACUCGGACAUAGGAGCUGUCAUAUUUGAUUUGUCAUAAAGGCAUUAUAGAGCAAAAAAAUAAAUAUUGAAAUUGUUUGAUAGUCUAACCGCCAGAGUUGGAUAUGGGUGAACAUAUGUCCGGAUUUAGCGGUCAGUGAGAAGCCCGGAUGUAGACGAUGGUGGUCAGAUUUCA